AUGGUUGCAUCAAGCAAAAUUGCAAGUUUAUUGUUACCAAGUGAUAUAACAACUCAUUCUAAAUUCAAGAUUCCAGUCCUAACUAUUGAAACUUCCAUUUGCAGUAUUGACAAGGAAUUUGAACUUGCCGAGUUGUUGAAGUUAGCAAAUUUACUAAUCUGGGACGGAGCUCCUACGACACAUAAGUUCUGUUUUGAAGAACUUGACAAAAGCUUCAAAGAUAUUAUGAGUGAAACCAAAAAUGCUUCAAAGAAGAUAUUUAGAAGAAAAAUAGUUGUGUUUGGAGGUGAUUUCAAAAUGAUUCUCCCUGUUAUAUCAAGAGGUAGUAAAGUUGAUAUUGUUCAUGAAGAAUAA